AGUCCUCCUUCCUCUCACCGUGUGAUUGCUGAAUCAUUCGGGUUGAUCACUCAGUGAAGAUAUUUGUUCCUCUACACCUGUUCUCCUCUGAGAGAGCCUGAGAAUAAGGGGAUACUGAAAGGAAGAAAUGGAACGGCAUUUUAUUUUCACAAUACACCUGCUGCUCUUUGUUCACACUUUUUACUUGGUAUCACUCCAAAGUACAACAGAUUCUCCAAUCCACACAUUUGAUCAAAACUGGUUGCGUCAGCAAAACCUCGUUUCUGAAGAGGAAGGAGAAAAUGGGCAGGAAGGUGAAGUGUCUGGUAUGGAAACAAGCAAUCAUCUCAGUACCGUAGUACAUAAUGAAGAUAAUAAACUGGACAGUCAAGAAGUUCAGAUUGAAAAUAAAACAUCAGAUCAUCUGGAGGUUGCUAUAACUACCAAGCCUCCUGCAUCCCCAAAUGCUACAACAGAGAAACCUCAACUGUCUGAUGGGAAAACCAACAUCACAAACCCAGAAUCAAAACAAAGCAACAUCACUAAAAAUGAGGAAGAGUUUAAUAAUUCAACCACACCUCGUGCACCCCCAGAUGCUGAUCGAUUUGAUCAAAACUCGACCGUAUCUCCUGUUUUCUCCAAUCACAGCGAUAUAGACAGCACCACCACCAUGGCACCAGAGAACCGUGAUUUAAACGAAAACAUAACAUCAACAACAACAACAACAAAUACAACAGCAACAACAAAUACAACAAUAUCAAAAUCAUCGGAUGAAAUUGAGUCAACCAAUGGUACAGAAUCUAACAACGCAACUGUAACAACCACAGCAGCAACAGAGAUGAACAAAACGUCUGCAACACCUUCAUCAUCAACCGUGCUGUCUUCCGAAGCCUCCAGUGUGGCAACCGUUGCUCCUAAAACACCUGAAGGCAACUUGACAGAUAAACAGGCCUCUUCAGGGAGCAGCUCAGACAGAGGUUUAUCAUCCGAGACCAGCAGGAACAAGCGGAACGAAGCAUGGGGGGCUGUAUUAGGAACAGCUGUCGUUGUGUCCAUUGUGGGGCUGGUGGCAUACAUCAUCUUGAAAAGAAAACACCUGAGAAGUUUCUCACACAGGAAACUGGUUGAGGAGUUCCCCUCUGACCCAGUUCUCAGAUUGGACAACAGUGAACCUUUGGAUAUGAACUUUGGUCGUUCAGCUUAUUACAACCCGGGACUACGAGGAGACGAGAUUCAAAUGGACAACAUUCCAGGGCACCAGACAAAGUAGAAAGAGUCAUGGACCACUCAACUCUCUGAGGAAAAAUGUUUGACAGGAAGUUUGGUGAACUGGCAUAAUAACUUUUUGUUGGAGACAUUUGGAGGUCAACUGUCUGCCACCAUGAACUCUACUUGAGUUGGAAUGUCAAUGUUUUCAAGAGUGAACAAUUAUUUGUCAUUUAUACCUGUUGCCAAAGAUAAUAUAACAAAUAAAACCACAAUACUGUUUUCUUCGGGCACCCCAGCUUUCUCCCACAUUCCAAAAACAUGCAUCCUAGUUUAAUUGAGACUCGAAAUUGUUGAAAGAGUGAAUGGUUGUUCCUCCAUGCGUGCCCUACUCACACAUAAUUAAAAAUGGAGGAAUGGCUAACAAAUGCUAGGACUACAUUUGAGUCUGAAUAUAAGUAUACCAUAAGAAUGUGUAACAUUGUGGCUUGUGCAACAUAGAAUGAGAAGCCAAUACGAACAAUCAUAUAAUGUGUAUUAGCUGUGGCAUGCUGAGGACAACAGACAGUAAAACUGAGGUGCGCUUUCAGUCUUUGGUAGCCAUAGUCACACUCCGAGACCAGGAAUGGAAACCAAGGAAAAUAAUAUUGUAAGUAGCUGUGUUAUUCACAGAGUUGCGGUUUUGGUAUUCCAUGAAGAAGUUAUAUAUUUGGUUUUAUGAUAGCAGAAGCAAUAUUAUCAUAUUAAAGUUCUUAAAUCCUAUGACCUCUACGUGUCCAAACAGAGAUAUGACUUUUUUUUUUUAAUACAUGAUGAGCUGUACCUUAGAGAGUUACACAGCAUUCACCUGCAGCAUACCAAGCAGAGAUUUUGAAAUGCGCAGUCGUUUAAAUCUUUUUUUUCAAUUUCAUUGUUAUUCUUCUCAUGAGCUUACUUUGACUUUGAGUGACAACCUUCAGCAAGUAUUUCUAAUCGCAAUAUAUUUUGUUAUACGUGGGGAAAAUAAUGGUUGUUAUUCGUUUUGUAGCUUUUUGAUAGCAGGUUAUCCAAUAUUUUAUAAUUGCAAAUAAACAAAUAAAAGCAUAGUGUCACAUUCUGUACAUCUUUUUUUCAUAAAAUAGACUAGCACUCGAUCAUUGUGGUCGGAUUAGGAUUGAGUUGCACCACAUCUUGGUUAGAAUAGCUGACAUUAACUCAAGAGAUGUGUGCCUUUUAUGUCGUUAAAUCCAUUGGUGGCAGGUCAGCAUUGUUCUAAUUCAGCUUUGUUUUAAAAUCUGACACCUAUCAAUCAAUGAAGCACUUUACACCACAGUAAUGGAGUGCGGCACUGUUAAAUACAACACUGUGUAUUCUACACUACAUGUCAAUGAUUGAUUGAAGUUUUUGAUGCUUGUUACCCGUCUUGAUGUUCCCACUCUCAAUGAAGGUCAAUGUUCAAUUUGCAUGUUUUUGUAUAUUUUCACCCCAAGCUACAACUGUAUGUAUUGUUUGUAUAGUAAUGUACAUUUAUUUAUUUUGCAUAUCCAAAAUCUAGAAUUGUAGGUCAAAAUAAAGUUUUUUUUUCUAA